UAUUUACUUAUAUCAAAUGCUAAAGCCCAAUACAAUAUUUUUUUAUUAAAUAUUUUUAUUUAGUGCUUAUUUAUCAUAAACAUAUUUGAAUUUUAGUGUGCAAUAAGGGUAUUAAUAAGAACUAAAAUUGCUUUUUCUGAAGACGGUUACGAGAUGAAAAUCCGCCUAAAGAACAAAAACAAAAUAUAAACAAAAAAAAAGGUAAUGGCUGAAAUACUCUCUGAUUCCGAAAAUUCAGAGAGUGCAGAACGCCCUACAAGACCUUCCUUGGCGCAAGUGAAGGCAGUGAUAGAUUUUAUGCAAAAACACCCUGAUCUGGCUCAUAGAAAGCUAAGAUAUGGCAUGAGUCAUGAAAAGUUCAAGAAACUAUGGAUAGAGCUUUCCAAUAUUGCCAAUUCCAUGAAAGGAGCAAUGAAGUCUACCAAAGGCUGGAUUAAGUUCUGGUCAGAUAAACGGAGAAGUGUUCUGUUAAAACAAAAACAUUUUAACGAAGGAAAGACCCAAGACAAACUUACUCCUCUAGAGCAGAAGAUAUUGAAUAUCUGUUUUAUUGGAAAACCAGGGAAAAGAAGUAAAACAGUAAAAAAAGAACCAUGUAAUGGUGAUAAUGGUUCUACAGAUGAUAUAUUUAGUAAAGAUGAAAGUGACUUAGAAUUUCAAGAUACAGGAAGAUUAGUGUCCACCGAAACAGAUGAACGCCACAUGAAUAUUAUGGAGAAAAUGGUGGAAGUUAUGGAUCAACAAGCAUCAGCUAUGAUGGAAAUGGCGAAGGCUACUCUUAACAAUUCAAAAGCCAUGGAAAGAAUAGCUGAAGCAUCUCAUAAACAGGCCCUGGCUGUUGAUAAACUAGCUGGUACAUUUGAAACAAUAAAUGCAUCAGCAUAUGAAGUAAGGAAUGCCAUUAUAAGUAUUGACUAUACAAUGAAAAGAUGCUUUUCAACGACUCUACCACAACACAGACAAAAUACGAAUCUCUUUAGUUAAUUACAUUAUUUAUGUAUGUGUGAUUGAAAUAUAUGAGAGAAUGUUUUUUUUUAUACUUUAAACCUUUUUACUCUGUAAUAAUACUUGCUUUUUAGGUGAAAAGCUAUGAAAAUUAUAAUUAUUUUUGCUAAGGUAAUAU